AGGGUAGAUGUUGCCUAGCAACGCAAGAUUAGUACAAGCUAAGCCUGUAGUCCUUGGGCCCUGCUCCACGCUACGUCGCCGUCGAUCGGGAAGGUCAUGCAGGGAACGGUUCCUCGUGGUGACGAUUUGACUGAUAGUACCCUUCAUUUAUACUUGGAAGAUAACACGUUUGUGGAAUACUUCAACUCGUUUCUAUUACUGCCGAUAUUCCCUAGUAAGAUCAUUUACAAUGAAGAAACCCGACAUUUUGAGAAAGUCUUGCCAAACAGUGGAUGUGUAGUGGCAGAGAGAACAGGGUGGAGAGGAGAUGUAUCAGAGGUUUUCAGUGCUACUAGUAUGAGCACUAUGUUCCUGACUGAUGACUGCAUUGGAGAUACUAUUGACAAGGAGCAGUGUUGGCAGUGGAUCCUGGACAAUCGACUUCCACUCUUUACUAAAAGUGACAUCUUCUCAGAGUUCAAACUGUGCAAGACACUGACAAGCACUUGCUACGAAGCUGAAGGAUUGUGGACUGGUGUAUGGAAUGGAGUUAAUAACAAAGCAAGAAAAGAAGUCAAUCAGUUGCAGGUCCUCUGCCAACACCUGGGGUUGCUCACCUAUCUUCAAAAAGGGAAAUGAGUUUAUUCUGGAAGUUUCUCCAAGGUACGGUUGGGGAAAAGAACUGGCUCUUCUGGCUUGAUGCUGAGAGAAUCAAGUACUGUACAUCACCACAGGAACAGACCAACAUGGUGAGAGGUCUGCGACAGAGAUAUCUUACACCUGGCGGACCACUGGAGCUACCUGCUGACACCAAGUUCAGACUGAGCCUAGCGGGGAAGGAACCGGGGAAGAUUGAUGAUAUCCAGGCAAUUCAGGAAAUGCUGGCCGAAAACUUGAGAUGUUACUGGUACCCAAGGUUCCUUUUGCAUCACUCUCAAAAGCAAAGUUCUAAAGGACACAUUCGACCUCAUACGUCCCUGGGAAUCCUCAUUCACUCUGUUUCUAAUCAGUCUUGCCCUGUUAAUUACCCUCGUGUGCUGACUCCACUGCUGCCUUUGAAAACACCGACUUUCUGUCGUGUAACAAGAAGAGACCAACGAAAGAGUGGCAUCAGUUCACGAGAGUAUGUACAGCGAAUAACUAGACCAAACUCAAGUAGUACAAGUACAUCACAUCUCUGUGUUCAUCAUGACUCUGAUUGUGUAUCUACGGACGGUGGUAAAAAGAUUAUGGAGCCAGGCAGUGUUUCAUCACAACAAGUAAGUGAAGCAGUGGAAAGAGGGAGCAGCAGUAACAGAAUGGCUACAAAAGAAAGCAUUACAGAUUGCAAUCUCUUGAAGAAUUCAAGCAUUAUCUUCCAAAGAGAAAGUUCCAAAUGUUUAAGUCUGCCGUACCUACUUGACAAAAGAGGUGCUAGUGAUUCCAGACUAAGUAAUAAAUCAAGGACAGGUUUAGAACCAGUGAAACAGUACAAGGAUGGCAGUAAUCACAGAAGUAUUUCGAUGCUGCCGCAGUCAUUAAGACAGAGCUACACACCAUCUCCCAUUCCAAACCUCCAACAGGACACUAUUCCCCCUACCGGGAGUAGCGGAUACCACAAACUUACAGGCUACACAGCUCGGCAUCUGCCUCACCCCCCUCCUUCAAGAGCGGUUACACCCCAUACCUCCUCAGUACCACCACUCCACAUCCUGUCGGUGUCUGGAACCCCACUUGUCCCUCCAACCCAUCACACCCCCUCCCCAACCUCACGUAUGGUUCACUGUCUGGCCUCUGAGUAUAGGAAUGCUGGUGGAUACUUUGAGGAAUACCUCAAGUCACUCAGCAGCCAAGUACCACUUCACUGCCUCCUAUUUUGGAGAGACGUUCAGGAGUUUAAGUCACUCUUUGUUAGUCCCUCGUUCCACCCUCCUACAGUUCAGGCCAAGGCAAUGGCUUUCAAUGGUCGCUAUCUAGUGGAGUCCUGCCCGUCUCCCCUCUCCCUUCCUCCUUCCCUCCCAGCCCAAGUCUCAUCCCGUCUCUGCCCUCCUUAUGAUGACCUGUUUGAUGAGGUUGAGGAUCACAUUCUACAUGUCCUCCUGGAACAAUGGGAGAUCGUAAAAGUUCAGGAGAAACUUAAGUUUCAGAAAAUGGAUACAUUUUCUUUCUCACGUGUUGGCUCUGCAUCAAGGAUUAGGGCUCCAUCAGCAGUUUCUCUAGAUGAACUCACAGAAGAGUUCACUGUGGAUGAGGCUGUCAGAAAUGACCUGUUGCCAUUCACUAGUCAGAAAACUCCACAAGACACUCCUUACCUCUCCCACAUCCACUCCCCACACCCUUACCAUAUCCCCAACCACUCCCCCUCACCUCUCAACACUGUUGUACCGUCCCAAUCAAUAAUGACACCAUCCCCAAGAAGAGCUGUGGGUUUGAAUGACAUUGUCAGUGAUCCCAAUGAAUUGGAGCACUUCAAGAUGUUUCUGAAUGAGCGAAAGGCUGCCCAACAUCUCAUGUGCUGGAUGGAGAUCGAGGCAUUUCGGGGAAUCCCUUCCAAGGAGCGCCAUCUUCGUGACCUACGAGCCCGUCAAUUGAGGGAGAAGUACUUUACCAGACAGUACCUACUGGGGCCCAAGAGUCCGGCUGGAAGAGAGGCUCAGAGACAGGUAUUGUAUAUAGCUAUCUAUUAUUAAGUAUAUACAACAAUGGCAAUUAAAUGGCUACUACAUAAGUCCAUGCUUCCAAACAAUGAGUCACAACCAGUAGCUAUUUUAUACACUGCACUAACUGCUUACAAAUGUGAAUUUCUGUGGGGGCAGUGGUCUCCCUAAUGGUCUCCCAGUUAGUAUGUAAUAUUUUGAUAUUGGUUACGGUAGAUUGUGGCAGCAGGAGGUCGUGAUCGACUGCCAUCCAGACCGAAGACCCCUGUUUUCAGAGAGGCCCAGAAACACGUCCAAGCCAAGUUAGAGAAAAAGUGGCUGGCAGAGUUCUUAGACACACCAGAGUAUAAGGCUCGCAGUGGACUUGCUACGGAGAGAGAUGAACAAGAGGAGGAAGGGAGAGGAAGGCACAGGGUGACUGUUAAUUCUGAUCUCAGGUUUGCUCAAUCCCAUGAAGCUCUUCUACUGUGCAAAGCUCUGCAGAAGGAGUCUUCUCGAGAACUGUUCCUCUCCUUCCUAUCUGUCCGUGGAACAUCAGACACCAACUGUAAGGCUGAUGUGGAGUUCUGGCUGGAGGUGCAGCGGUACAAGGUGAAUUGUUGUUAUGAUUCACAUCUUGUAACUCUAGUGCCUCAAGAUCAUUGUGAAUGCUUAACUCAGUCAUCAUUGCUUUGCUGUCGCGAACUAAUACACACAUAAAUACUCAUGCACGCAGGGAAUGUGCCAUUCACACACCAACAAGCUCGUUCUAUCAGACAAGCUGAAAGCGAUGAAGGAAUGCUAUCUCAACUCUUCUGUCCCUCCUAAACUUCACAUUGACAUACCGCAACACAUGGCUGAUGCCAUACUCAAAAAAGAUGUUGGACCUUAUGUGUUUCGUGAGGCACAGACAGCCGUGUUUCGACAUCUUUACAGCUACUGGCAGGAGUACCAAUUGAUGUGUCAUAACUUGACUUCCUUAACUGAGAUAUCCGCUGAAAUUGAAAAGAUGCAGAUAAAAAUGGAGCAACUAAGGAAGGAGAUGGAAGAAAAGGUGAGAGUGAUUAAAGAGCAGAGAUUCCGAUUCGAGACAGCAGCAGAGAAAGAGGAAAGAAAGAAGCGGGAUAGAGAAGAAAGAGAAUUUGGAGAGGUAGCAGUCAAUUUCACACUUGUUAAACAACACCCACAGUACAUAUAUAUCACACCGUUUUGUAAGAUUAUUUCUAUAGUUGGAACUGUUUGUUUUUUAUUAUCACACCAGAUUUGCAGUCUGCGGUUUUGUUUGAAACAAUGUAGAAUGGUAGUGUAUAUAAACUUGGCAUACUAUAUAUAAUUAUAAGCUGCAGCCCGAAAAAAG